UCUAGUCCCCUUCCGUCGAUCUAUCAAGUGUUACCAAGGUUAAAAUGGUUCAGCCUAAUGGGGUUGCAGAAGGAGUUGGAGUGGUCACUGUUGUGUACAAGGUCAAUCUUCAUUGCGUACAAUGUGCAAGGGAAAUCCAGAAGCGUCUCCAAAGAACCCAAGGAGUUCAGAUAGUUGAUGUCGAUAUUCAAAGCAGUGAAAUCAAGGUGAAGGGUCAAAUCAAUCCAAAACUAGUUCAUGAGGAGGUUAUUAGAAUAAGCAAGAAGAAGGUUGAAAUGGUAGUUCUUCAACCCAAAGUAGGGGAGAAAAAAAUCUCAACAACCACAACACUGAAGGUUCAUUUGCAUUGUUCUAAAUGUGAAAAUGAUCUAAAGGCGAGGUUAUUAAAACUUAAAGAUGUUUACGGCGUACGAUCGGACUUGCAAGCGCAAACUCUAACUGUUGAAGGAACAAUGGAGUCGCAUAAAUUGGUGGAAUAUAUACAAAAGAAAGUUCGCAAGCAUGCAGAGAUCGUAACCCUUAAGGUGGUGGAAGAGAAGAAGGAAAAAGAAGUGAAGAUCAUUGAAACAAAAAAAGUUUCCGAAGAAGUGGAAGCAAAGAAGAUAGAAAUAAAAGUAAAUAAAGAAGUGGCGAGUUCUAGUGUUCCUUAUGUAAUCCACUAUGUAAAUUAUGCACCUCAAUGGUUUAGUGAUGAAAAUCCAAAUGCUUGUUAUGUAAUGUAAAUUUGAAUUAAGCUCGAGUAAUAA